UUUGGGCGUUUCAAUUAUCUCACGAGGAACAAAAAGUGUGAUCGAUACGAUCCAACGGUAACGAUUAAAAUGAAACGUAAACGUAGCUAAGCUCCUGGCUCCAAAAGACGCAUGAUGUCUGUCUAGUAGUCAUGUCCAAUAUGGCGUGUAUAUUGUGAGUUGCGUUAACGUGCAGGUUCUGUUCCUGCUUCUAGUGCAAUUAUUUUUUGUGAAUAAAGGGAAUGAGAUAAAUAUAGAAAAUUUGUAAUAAAACAAUGUACAAUGAACUACGGUGGGAAUAUGCCAGAUUGGCACCAAUAUAAUACCUCACAAACAAAUGAAGUUUCAUCUUCUACGCAAAAUAUAAAUUCUGGUCACCUUACAUUCAUUCCUGGUGUCAGUCCUACGUUAAAUCCAAUUAGCCUUAACUCAGAGGGCCUAAAUAAGCAUCAGAAUGAUGCAAAUUACAAUUCAAGAAAUUUUCAAUCUUUUAACAAUGCCUCGAAUGGUUCAACUAUUCCAAAUAAUAGCCCUCUCGCAUCUAUGGUGCAAAUGCAGAAUUGCAUUGGCCAUUAUGGUACUUCAAAUACAAGAAAUCCUAUGUUAGAUAAUAUAAAUGCUUCUGUGGAUCCUAGAAACACUACAAUUGGAACUAUAAAUGAUGAAAUAGGAUACAGAAGUAAUCAGGUGCCUUUCAAUGGACCUAUAGGUCAUCUAAACGGACCAAACUGCAAUUUAAAUGCACCUUCUGGACCUAGAACAGGGCCUGGGUCUAUCCCUGGACCUAGAACUAAUUCUGGACUUGGGACCAAUCCCAGCACUGGAACUGGUCCCAGUUCUAUGUUUGGGCCUGGUUCCAGACAUGGACCGACACUAGGAACUGGAUCAAGCUCUGGAAAUAUGGGACCAAGAAAUACUAAUAUUAAUUCACUACCUCCCGGAAAACCUGGCCCCUCUUCUUCGUUUAUCCCUUGUAAAGGUUUGUGUUGCAAUUCAGAUCCCAAUAUUAAUUAUCAACAAUGGGAGAAGUUUGGAUCCUAUCAAAAUAAUACAUCGUAUAGAGAUAACGUACAUUCAUCUAAUUAUCAGAUCGAAAAUAAACAUUUUGGAAAUAAUUGUAAUUUUAGAAAAGAUAAUUUAGAAGGUAAAGAAGUAAUGAGUCCUGUAUUACCCAAUGCGCCCACUAUAGAUCAUAGAAGAAAUUUUCCAGAUUAUAAAUAUCAUAAGGAUCAUCUAAUGCAUAGAAAUUAUGUAACAUCUUCGGGAAUGUUUCACAAUUACUCCAUGCAAAAUUACAAUUAUUCUACGGAGCAUCAAAAAUAUCCAUAUCCCGUGAAAGAACACGCAAGGACGAAUAAUAUGAACAUGCCGAAUUCAGGAAUACUUAAGCAUCAAGAGCAAAAUUUCAUUCCCCAGCAAAAGUUCAACAACAAACAAUUCCAAUAUCAGAAUGGGAAUAUGUUGUCCAAAGGGAUGCCUAAUUUAAACGUAAACGCAAAUAUGGCAUCAUCCUCUCAAAAUCCGUAUUUCAAUUCGCAAUUUCCAAGAAACAUUUCUGCAGAAAUGCCCCACGAAUGUCAAGAAACCACCGAUAAUACUGCAAUGAUAAACAGGAUGCAGAAUACCUUUAUACACAACUCUUCUCCGCAGCAUCAAGUAUAUCAACACAAAAUAGCAAUGCAAAAAUUUUCAAUAGAAAAUCAUCUUAGAGAACUGAGCAGGAUACCUGGUUAUCAAUCCCAUCCCAAAUAUAAAGAAUGUGUUCUCAGAUAUAGAGAAGUAUUGAAAUUACAGCAAUCGUCUGGAUCAUAUCAAAAUCCAGUUCAACAAACCCCACACGUAGCAACACCGAUAAACACUAUGCCGCCUAUUAAUUUGCAGUUCGAUCAGAAUGGUAUGUUGAUAAAUUCCAAUUAUCUGCCGGAUAAUUUUCCCAAAUUGCAGCAUGCACCGAUCAUGGAGCAAACAUCAAAAGACAUCGAUAAACAAAACAAGGGUCAAGACAUUGGUAUAGUUAACGAAAAGUGUCAACAGCAAUCGGACCAAUUAAUGAUUCCCCAGCAAGGUGAGCACGUUCCUUCUUCUUCUUCUUCUUCUUCUUCUUCUUGUACGGAGACGUUCCAAAAGCAGAAUCAAUUCUCGAUACACGAAGAUUUCAAUCAAAAUCAAUUAAAAGUACAAACGAGCGAGAGCCACAGCUUUAACACUUUGAAUACCAACACCAACACCAGCAACGAAACGAUGACGCAGCAAAAAACGUCGAAAGAGUUUGCCGAUAAACCGGAUUUGGACGUCAGGCAAUUCUUGGCCAAUUGGGACGAAACCGACGACGAAGACGGAACGGCCAACCUGCCUGACGCCGUUCUAAGCGAGACAACCCCGGUCGUCGUGGUGAGUUACGAAAAUAUAGAUCUUUCGUCGAAAACGUCUCAAAGUGCGGAGGUGGUCUCGAGGAAAGUAAGUAAUUUCUGUUCAAACGAGGUUAUGGAAAGCAGUAGUAACAACAAGGAGGCCGAGGCGAGCGUAAUAACUGCCCAAGAUUGUUUGACCAUAUCCUAUUCAGCGUCUGACAAUUCUCAAAUUGUAAAAACUUCCAAAAGAACCAUAGGGGAAGGAGUUGUAAAACCUGGUAGCAUUAUACACUGCAUCAGCAACGGCCCCGACGAAAUACCCACCAUUCACAUAGUGGACAAUUUAGAGAUAAGCAACAUCCUAGGGGCGCCUGAUGACCAGGUUAUACAAACGUUGGAGAAACAGAAAGGGAUACCGUUUUUCAGGGAGUCGAAUAACGAUGGAGAAACUGAAGCUCGCCAGGGUACAGAGCAGGAGAACAAAGCCGAUAGAAAUCCUAUACUGCCCGCUGAUUACACCUCAUCUUUGGAUAAUAUUGAGAAAAAGAGCUCGAGCAUAUCUGAGACUAUGAAAACGGUCCCUGCAAUACAGAGCAGCAACGAGUUGAGGGUGUUGUCGGAGAAGGAGAAUCUGGACGACAAUAUAGAAUUGAAGAAACAGCACAGCUUCGAGGAGUCGCACAAUCCGGACGAUAUCAGCUUACCGGAUUUGCCGACGUCCGAAUGCACUCCUAUAUCCACCACGUUGAACACCCCCAUUCACUCCGACACCGAGGAAUCGUCUCAGAACAUAGAGGAUUUGUCCAUAUCCACGAAUCCCAUAGAGGUGAUGCAAAACAGUCCUGUAAUCAGUUUCACGCAGUUGAACAGCGAGGAUAAAGCGAAGAACGGAUCUCUGGACAGUUUGGAGCUAGAUAACAAUCGUCCUCCUCAUCACAAUCAUCAUCAUCACCACAAUCAUCAUCACCAUCGCAAGAGCAAUAGCUCGAACGAGCAAGAGGUGGAUGAUUUUGAUCUCUCGAGCAACAAUUCUAAAACAAAAUCGGCGGAAAUGAGGAGUAAGAAGAGCGUCGAGGUAAACAGUUCGAGGAAAAAACCUUGUCUGAUGGAUGGAGGGAAAGAGGACGACGCAAGGGGUAUUCUAGCGUCCAUCGAGUACGAGUCGGAGGAUUACGAGAGGAAGCGCAAAGGAGGAUCGACGGAAGCGUUGAUGAGAAUUGAAAAGCGUGGCGACAAUUCCAACGCAAAUUCGAGCCCAACGGCGUCCGAUGACGAGUCGAGAAGCGAUAAAGAGUCGUGCAGGAGGAAACGGAUAAAGGACGUGUCCACGAACACGUCCUGCGAGCUCGAUCCGAAUGCGAGGAAAAGGGCGGCGAGAGAGGGAACCGGUUGGAGGGAGAAGAGCCAGAAAAGCGGUGAUCAUUUGAAACAAUCGAAAGACGCGAGAAGGUUGGACGAUUGUUCGAUCCAAGAAGAGCAUUCUGCGUGCCAUAUCACCUCUCAAUGCAAACACUGUUCCGUUGCUGUGAUAAAGGACAACGAGAAGAGGGGACACGAUCACAGGAUCACGGGUUUAAAGUCGGCCGAGUCCUUCAGGACGAGCAUUACCAAAGAGCUUCCCGAGGAGAGUGCGGAGAACAGGAAACGCGUGGCCGGUAAACCUACGUUCCACGAAACCAUUCAAUCCCAAACGUGUAAAUUGUUGCAGAAAGAUUUGAAAACGACGGUCGACGGGGACGUGAGAUACACGGCCGAGGAGAUGCGUUUGCUGAAAGAGUACAGGAAAGCGAAGGAGAGGAUACUGCAUCAGGAUACCCAGGAGGAGAGAAAGAGGUCGAGGAGCGGUCACAAGGUGGUGAGAUGUUCCCAAAUACAGAAGCAGAGCAACGAGGUGCGCAAAAAUCCGUGUCCAGACCAAAAUGCAACCUCUGCAACCAAUUUGAAUCUCCAGGAGGAAGGGAAGAAGGGGCAUCCGUUGAAGGGUUUGGGCCCCCCCGACUUUGGCAUACAAGUAGCGAACGUGAACUUGAAAAUCAAGGACAACGACGUGGGUAAGAAGUUGAUCCUGGCCGACAAUGGACAGGAGCACGUGAAGGAUUCGUUGGAGGGUAUCCAAAUCGAGAUCAACGUUUCGUGUACGGACAGAAACGCGAAGGAGCAGCAGACCAAGCGACUGUUGUACGACGACCGUAGCCUCUACGAGAUCCCCCCUUUCGCGUUGGAAUGCCAACAUUCCAAAGAAAGCGAGUUGUCGAGCAGAGAUCACGAGAAAAAACUCGAAAAGGCCGUGUUGGAUCCCAUUGAGUCGAGGGAGCAGGGUAAAGGUGAGAAAGACUCGAGAGAAGAGAACGAGGAAACGAAUUCUAAGGAAACUUGCACAAAUAAAGCGUUGUGCGACGAUGCGUCGAGAGGUAUUAAUGACGCUGAUCCCGUGGAUAUGGUGAAACCGAAAAUAACUAGUAGUGCCAUAAUUGAUGCAAAUAAUAAAAUUAAGAAUAAGCUGGAGAACGAAGAUAGUGAGGAUAAUCGAAGGAAGAAAGGGGAAGGUGCCGCGUGUUCCAUCGACGUCUCGAAUGUAACCACGGAGAAGGAGUUGGCGUGUCUCUCGAGGACUUCUGCGAAACUGGCUGAGAGCAAUGUUGCCGAGUUGAGGAGCAAUCCGAGCAACUUGGAUUUCAAGAAUUCGGCCAAAUAUUCCGGUAUGGAUUUGGACCACCGGCUUGACGAGGGAUCUGAGAAGGAUGAGGCGUACAGAUGGAAGAAGCCAAAGAUAGACGACAUUUUCGAAGACUGUGAAAUGUUUGGGAGCAGCGACGGGUACAUAAAUCCCAUAUUCUCGAGUAUAGAUAAGAUGGAAGAUCUGCACACAGUUCCUGUAUACACAACCAAAGAUGGAAAGAUAUCGUAUAGUCCUAAUCGAAGGUUCACUUAUCACGAAUUGAUGAUGGAGGCGCGUAAACGAGACUUGCCUUACUCCUCCGUGAAGAAAUCCCACUACGCGGAGAAUUGGAACAAUUGUUACAACUCGUCCAAGUUUCGUAAAUUGUACAAGAAGAGGAGGCAUCACGGCGCCAGCGAGAGGAACAAGUACGAGUAUAAGAACACCAGGUACCUUUACGAUAGGAAGAGGAACAAUUCGGACGAGUUUUACAAUAAGAACCACGUUAAGUACAAAGACUACGUUCACAGCAUUAGGAACAAUAAUGCCGUGUGGACUGAUCAUUAUAAGAUGGACAAGAUGUACAGCAGCAGCGAUUCCGACGAACAGAUCGUGGACCGUGAUAAAAAUUCCGAGGCGAGUAAUUGCAGAAAGGAUACGAGCUGUGUGACGAAAUCGCAGAAAGACGAAUCGACGAUCGGCGACGAGAAAUUAGAUGUGGAAUCUAAGAGUGAGGAGAAUAAUUUGUCGAACAAAGACAAAGAUUUAGAUCUAGGAGACACGGUUCAAUUUAAUAUUCUUGAUAAAGGUAAGGAAGAAAUUACUAAUUACAAUGAACCUGAUGUGCAAUCGAAUAUCGCGCCAACCUCUGCAGAAUCGGAUCAUGAAAAUGAUAAAAACCAAAAUGCGGAGGAUAAAUGUUUGGAUGAUUCAGAAUUGAAAGAAGAUGUUCGAGCGAAUGAGAAUGAAAAUUCGAAAAAUGAAUGCGCUGAUAAAAUAAAUGAUAAAAUUGAAUUGGAAAAUGAAACUAUUGGCGAGAAUGAAGAGAAGGAGGAGUCAAGUUCGAAAGAAGAAGAAAAAUCCUCGAUGGACGAAAAUAUGGAAUUUGCUUCGUGCGAUGUCGAAGAGGAGAAGAACAAAAAGGUUAGUUUGGAAGAAAUUAUCGAACAGCAGGAAGAAGGAAUCGAUACGAAUGCGUUGGAUGGUGAAACUGCUCCAGAAAUUGAAAAGAGUUUUGAAAGUAUAAUGGAUAGCGUAGAGAUUAAGAAAAGUUCAGAAACUGACCGAGUUACAACAGAGUCCAUAAUUGACGCGACGAGUGAAGUUUCAGAAGUUCGAGUAGAAUCUAACGACGGAUUCGAUGAAAUUUCGCAAGAAUUUUCGAAUCCGGAGAAACCGAGUGACGUGUUCGAUGAAAUUGCGAACGAAAAAUGUGAGAGAGACGAGGGAAAUACGUUGGAGAAUUGCGAGAGGGAGGGCGUGCAAUUCAUCACGGAGGUUGAAAUCCCUAGCGAAAAUCAAGAAGAUUUAAACGAGGAGGUGAGGGAGAAAGAUGGCGAGGUUUUGGAGUAUAAUAACGACGACAAUUCGUUGAAAGACAGUUCCGUGAUGGAACAGGAGGAACCCGAAUCUCAAUUGAUGUUGACAGAGUUGACCGAUCGUUACAUUUCUGUUGAAACGAUUGAAUACGACGAAAAUAUUAACACGGCGGAUUCUUCAGAUCAAAUAAUGGACGAGGAGCAAAAUUUUUCCGAGGAACAAAAUUUUGUCGGUUUCCCAGAGGAUCAAAUCGACAUCGAGGAUAAAUGUAUCACCGAGACCGUGUCGAAUAAAGGCGAGAUAGAAGUCAUUCUGUCAAAUAUAGAGGAAACUUUGGUCGAGGAAACGAUAGGAAGUGACGGUACGAGGAUCGAGAACGAUGAACAAGAUGAUUUGUUGACGCGGAUGAAUUGCGAUCAAGAUUCGUCGGUGGAGAAAGAGACGCUUAUUUUCAACGCGUAUUGCGCCAACUCGCCAACAGGUGUGGACGUUGAAAUUAGGAAAAAUAAGACUGAAGAAGACGAAUCGAAGAAAGAAGAGGAAAUCCGUGAAGAAAGGGUUAAGGAUAAAAAUUUAAUCAACUCGUCGGAUAGCAAUACGGACGUGGAGGCGAUACCCAAACUGAUUAUAAAGAAAGCCGACCCGUCACAUUUGAAAUCGGAGCGUUCAAUAGAUCGUAGAGAUUCUUCUGAAACUUACAAUAAUAAUAAAUACGAUACGAAAUUAUUAUCCGAAUUACGUCCAAAAAUACCGAAGGUGAUCAUUAUGAAGAAUAGGUCACGAUCGGUGACCCCGACGGUGGAAAUUUUGGAAAAAUCCAAAUACGACAAAUCCCCGGAUCAAAGCAAAAGUAUGGAUGUGGAUAACAAAGACGUCGAAUCGUAUACUUUGAAGUACAGUAAUUACGAAAAUAAGGUACCCAAGGUGAGGAUAAAAUUGGAGGAUAUAUCGUCGAAAGAUUUGAAAUUAUAUUUAAAACGGAAAGCUACCAAGAAAACUGUCCCAAAGAUGAGAAUUAAGAAGCUUAAAACGCAAGAGAGUGAAAGGUUUGAGAUGGAGAAUAGUUCAGGGACAGAAGAAGAAGAAGACGAAGAAGACGAAGAAGAAGACGAAGAAGAAGAAGAAGAAGAAGCGGAAACUUCUUCCGACGAGGAAGAAGAUACAAAUUUUCACGAAUCGAUGUCCAGCGACGUGGAAACCGAAAGAAUACCGAAACUAAAAUUGAAAAAACAAGAAGAAAAUAAAUAUUUUUCGCCAGAAAGAAGCAAAGGGAAAGAUUCGAAUAUUUCUAAAAUUUCCUUGAAAAAAACCAAAAGAACUAGGGAAGAAGAUUCGAAACACACUGCCAAUAAGAAUACGGCAAUUAACGACGAAUUAAAGAAAAAGUUUCCUCAGUGCAUUAUCGAGAAAAUUCCUAAGGUUAUAAUAAAAAGAACCCAGAUCGGGGCGGAAUUUAAAUGCGAGAUUAGUAAAAGUAAAAAGACUUCGAUCGCCGAAACCUCAAAGUGGCAACCGAAAGUAAAAUUGCAAAGAUUAAAUGUUCUGGAUUAUAUGGUGAAAGAUUUGAAGCAAUCGAAAAGUAUCAUUGAUACGACCACUCACGUAAACGAUAAUAAAGAUAAUGAUAUUAGUAAUGAGGUUGCAAUUGACAAUAAUAAAAUAAAAUUAUCUAGAUCUAAUUCAGUAUCCAAUUUAUCUCCCACUAAGUGCAAACAGAGAAGAUUAUCGGACUCUGGUUUUAUAAAAAUACACUCGAAAUCGAUGAUCACCGAAUUCGAUGAUAACUUAGAUGAUAAUAUGGAUGAUAAUAUUUUCAAAUCAAACGACAAUGAAAGUAAAAAUUUAAAGAAGAAAGGGAAGAAGAAAUUAUUUUCUCAAAAUGAACAAACUUAUUGUAAUUAUAAUGAUGAGAGCGAGGAUGAAAUAAAAGAGACUGUCACGAAACAUUCCUUUAGAAAUAUUUUAACGAACGAAAACAACGAUCUGAUGGUUGUGAAGAAGAAAUACUCAUCAUUUGGGACCAAGGGAAGUACAUCUCUUGUAGAAGAUAAAUUUCUAGAUUCUGUCACGUGUUUAGAUAAUAAUGAUAAUGAUAGUACAAUAAUUAAAAUCGAUUCUUCUGAUGAAAGUCAAACUACCAUAGAAAUUCUACCAGCAUCACCAAAUAGUAGCGAUGAUGAACCAAAGAAUUCUGAAUCUGAAAAUACUAGUAAAAUAAACAUGGCAAAUGCAAUCCCAACACAAUUGGAAUUAGAAUUGGAGCUUAUCGAUAACAAUAAUAUGUAUUCCGAUAUAUUUGCAUCAAAAAUUGACUAUGCGUCCCAUUCUAAGAACAAAUAUAUUAAUCAAGAAUCGACUGAAUCAUAUUUCGAUGAAUUUCAACAUUUCUCGCAAGAUACUUUUGAUCAAAACGAUCAUAUCUUAAUAAAAAAUCAACAAUCGUAUAAUUCGCAAAAAGAAUCAAAUGAUUAUUUUUAUUGCAAUGAUUUAUUAGUUAAAGAAGUAUUAGCUGCUAAGGAAACAUUGAAGAAAUGUUUGACUCGGCCGGAAAACGUAGAUAUAGAUGAAAGAAAAUCGCGAUUGAGAACAGUAGCUGAGAAGAAGCAAGGUUUAAGUUUCAGUUUUAACGAUUUUGAAAAAUCAUUAGAUAAAUUUGAAAAGGUAUGUACUAACAAGGAAAAUGAUGAAGUAAAAAAGGAUAGAACAUCUAAAAAUUUAGAAAAGAAAGGGCAUAAAUCUCCUCGUAGAAUGAAAACGGAAGAAAUUGAAGAAAGUUGUUCGAAACAGGAUGAAAGUUUUUCCCUGGUUUGCCCUACAGCUUCCACACAUGAAGAGAAUAAUAUUUCCGAAUUGACAACGAUUUCGUUAAAAGCUUCUAAAAAAUUUGAUAAAACAACAAUGAGUAACAAGGCAUCUGUGAACAAUUCUGAUCCAUUACAUAACAACACGAAAGAAUUGCAGGAGGAAAAAUCUCAGAAAAAAAACAAUAGCAGCGAAUAUCAGAAGGAAAAUGAUACAAAGACAAAGGAGGAUAAUAUGCCAUUAUUAGUGCCAGAGUUUUCUUUAAAUUUUGAUUCCAAUUCAGAUAGAGAUAGUUCCAGAUCUCCGCCUGUUAUAACGAAUCAAGAAGAAGUUGAACAAAUGAUAGGAGAUGUAAAGUUGAUGGAAAGUAAAAUGAUAAGUCAGAUUGAAAAAAUAGAUGAAAAUAAAAAACAUUCCUAUAAAGACUGUGAAAUGACAAUUGCUGAUAUUAUAACGCAAUUAGCUUAUCAUGAAAAGGCAACAAUAAAACAUAAAAGAUAUUGCAAUUUGUGCGAAAGAUGGUUUCCCACAACUUCACGACAUCGCCGACAUUUAGCUGGAUAUCAACAUCGUUAUAUGGAAUUGACACAACGUAAAAGUAUACACGCGCUUUUUAUUCUUUUUACUGGUAAACCAUGUCCAAAGCUUUUGCCAGCAAAUGUCAUUCGCAGUGAUUGUUCUAUAGGAGAAUUGACACCUUUGCAAAUUGCGGUUCAGGAUGUUGCAAAAUGUGUUGAAUAUGUGCAACCGGAUCAUAAGACAAAAGAAUAAUGAUUUAUAGUAAUGAAUUACUAUAAAUUAUUUUGGCUUGCAUAGAUGCAUUAGAUGAUUUCCUGUGAUUAUGUAUACUGAAACAAAUGAUGUGAGUACCUUUGAAAAAUGUACUAUAAUGAUAAACACAAAAUGAAUUCUGUGACUCUUUUAAUCUCAAUGGAAUUGUAUAUUUUCAAUAUGAUUACUAUUCUUGGCAAUCAUAUUAUAUAAUUAUAUCAUUAUAUAACAUCUACAUAUAAAAACAAUGAAAUUAACAUCUGUGAGCUUUGCAAAAAAAGAAAGCUUUGUUGAUUGAUGUUAAUUGUUAAGUUACUUGAAAGUUACUUUAAGUAGUUAGAUAUUUAGCCAAAGAUUUUAGCAAAAAAAAAAAAAAAAAAAAAAAAA